AUGGAACAAAUUUUACGAGGCAGAUUUGGCCAUAGUGUCUUCAUCAUAUCUAAGACCUACCGGCAUCCAGUGUCUAUGAUAAAUACCAGGAGUUUGAUGACAAAAAAACUCAGUGUAAUCUAUCGACCUUUAUUAUCAAAUCCUCACACCCGGUAUUUUAUAAAUCCAUUUCGUGGAGCUCAUCUUAUGGUAAUUGGUAAAGUUUUAAGAGGAGUUUUAAAAAUACGUUAUCUUUUACUUGGUGGCGCACUUGGAGGUGGUAUAUCUCUUCAAAAGAAAUAUGAGGACUGGAAAGAAGGCUUACCAGGAACUGAGUGGAUUAAAGAUUUUAUACCAAGUGAUCAACAGUGGCAGGAAUUUCGAAGUACUUUAAUUGAUUUUAAGGAUACUUUUGCUAAUAAUUUAGAGCUUGAUCCUCGGAUUAAAGAAUACGGCGAAGCUAAAUUUAAUGAGUAUAAGUCGUGGCUUAGCCAAAGACUAGAUGAUGCAAUCCAAGUCGCUGAAAUUAGGCGAUUGGAAGAAGAAGAAGACAAUGGUGAUUAUCAGAGUGUAUUCGAAGCAAUCACAGCCGUUGCAAACCAAGUAUAUUCAGAUACAAAACACGGGUUGACAAAACAAACAGUCGUAUUUGCCCGUCCCUUGUCUAACGAAUAUGAAGAAGAAAGAAGAAAAGCUCAAUCAUCGAAAGAACGUAUGGAUGCCAUGCAGGAAGAAAUGAUGCAAACUCAAAUGAAAUAUCAGCGUGAAUUGGAGAGGCUGGAGCGUGAGAAUAAAGAACUUAGAAAACAAAUGUUACUUCGAGGCAAUCAGAAAGUCCAAAGUCGUAAAAUUAAAAAAUCACUUAUCGACAUGUAUAGCGAUGUGUUGGAUGAACUAAAUGAUUAUGAUAGUGCUUAUUCGACGGCAGACCAUUUACCUCGAGUUAUCGUCGUAGGAGAUCAAAGUUCUGGCAAAACCUCGGUGCUAGAAAUGAUUGCUCAAGCUAGAAUAUUUCCCAGAGGUGGUGGUGAAAUGAUGACUCGAGCACCAGUAAAAGUAACUUUAAGCGAGGGUCCUUAUCAUAUUGCUCAGUUUAAAGACAGCUCACGUGAAUUUGAUUUGACAAAAGAGUCUGAAUUGGUGGACUUGAGACAUGAAGUUGAGUUACGGAUGAAAAAUAGUGUGAAAAAUGGAAAAACUGUAAGUCAGGAUGUUAUUUCAAUGACAGUUAAAGGUCCAGGACUUCAGCGUAUGGUUCUUGUUGAUCUUCCCGGCAUAAUCAGCACAGUAACUGUAGACAUGGCUGAAGAUACUCGAGACGCUAUUCGACAAAUGACCCAACAGUACAUGAGUAAUCCAAAUGCAAUUAUUCUUUGCAUUCAAGAUGGUUCUGUUGACGCGGAGAGGAGUAAUGUCACUGAUUUAGUUUCCCAAAUGGACCCAAGUGGUAAACGAACAAUAUUCGUCCUCACAAAGGUGGAUAUGGCUGAAGAAAAUUUAACGAAUCCAGAGAGAGUUAAAAAAAUUUUAUCUGGUCAAUUGUUUCCAAUGAAAGCUCUGGGAUACUUUGCCGUGGUUACUGGACGUGGUAGAAAAGAUGAUAGUAUCGAGACGAUAAAACAAUACGAGGAGAAGUUUUUUAAAAACUCAAAAUUAUUUAAAGAUGGUCUGGUAAUGUCUGGACAAGUUACAACGAGAAAUUUAAGCUUGGCAGUAGCUGAUUGCUUUUGGAAAAUGGUACGCGAAACAGUCGAACAACAAGCGGACGCAUUUAAAGCUACGAGAUUCAAUCUUGAGACUGAGUGGAAAAAUAAUUUUCCAAGGUUACGAGAAUUAGACCGUGAUGAGUUGUUUGAAAAAGCACGUGGUGAAAUACUCGAUGAAAUUGUCAAUUUAUCGCAAUUAUCACCUCGUUAUUGGGAAGAAACAUUGAUGAAUAAAAUUUGGGAUAAAGUCAGUAUGCAUGUAUUUGAAAAUAUUUAUCUACCAGCAGCUCAAACUGGCGAUCAAGGUACCUUUAAUACUGCCGUAGAUAUUAAAUUGAAGCAAUGGGCUGAACAGCAAUUACCGGCAAAGAGCGUUGAAAGUGGCUGGGAAACUUUGAAGCAAGAGCUUGAAAAUUUUAUGAAACAGGCUAAAAAGAGUUCUGAUCAUGAUGAUAUUUUUGAUGCUCUUAAAAGCUCGGUAGUAAAUGAAGCAGUUCGACGGCAUUCUUGGGAAGAUAAGGCAUCGCAAAUGUUACGAGUGAUACAGUUAAAUGCGCUAGAAGACAGAAAUGUUAAUGACAAGCGUGAUUGGGACGAAGCUGUUAAAUUUUUAGAGAAUUCAGUUAAAGAUAAAUUACAGAGUACUGAACAAAUUCUUUAUGAAAUGCUUGGACCUGGUAGAAAAGAGCGUAUUCUCUAUUGGAAGUAUCAGACUGAUGAACAGAAAAAACGGAUGGCUGUUAAGAAUGAGCUGGAUAAAAUUUUAUACGCUGACAAGAAGCAUCCACCAACAUUAUCACAAGAUGAAUCAACGACAGUAAGAAAAAAUUUACAACGUCAUAAUUACGACGUAGAUAAUGAUUUCAUUCGCACUACAUGGCAUCCUGUCUACAGAAGGUUCUUUUUACAGCAGAGCUUAGCAAAAGCUUAUGACUGUAAAAAAGCAUUUUACAUGUAUCAUAAUGGCCAUGAAAGUGAGACUGAGUGUAAUGACAUAGUUCUUUUCUGGAGGAUCCAACAAAUGUUAAAAGUAACAUCGAAAGCUCUGAGACAGCAAAUAAUGAAUCGUGAAGCUCGUCGACUAGACAAAGAGAUAAAAGAAGUCUUAGAAGAUUAUAGUCAAGAUAAUGAAGUAAAGCAAAAAUUAAUAACCGGAAGAAGAGUAGAAUUAGCCGAAGAAUUAAAGCGUGUCAGACAGAUUCAAGAAAAACUCGAAGAAUUUAUUCAAGCUCUCAAUAAAGAAAAGUGA